ACUAACGGGAAGCACACCGAUCGUGAGUGACACAUUCUCAGUGAGGAAGUUGUGAUUGUGGCUUUCGGCUGGGAGCAAAUAGAAAUUUUUGAAAUGUCGCUAAAUACAGCACACGCCAACGGAGGCGUGUUAAUUCAUUCCGGAGAAUGCAUACUUCUUUUUAGUGAUCAUGUAACAAUGGAAUUCCAUGGACAGGAUCAGCCAGAGUUUAAAGGCACCAAAGUAGGAAGGUUAUAUCUGACAACACAUCGCAUGAUAUUCAAUGCUAAAGAUUCGAGAGACAAAAUGCAGUCAUUUAGCUUUCCAUUUGUAACACUGAGUGAUGUUGAACUUGAACAACCCAUGUUUGGUGCAAAUUAUAUAAAAGGGAAGGUGAGAGCGCAGCCUAAUGGAAAUUGGGUUGGUGAGGCAAAGUUCAAACUUCUCUUUAAGUCUGGUGGUGCUAUUGAAUAUGGAACAGCAAUGUUGAAAGCAGCGCAGAUGGCAUCUCGCAAUGGACCGCCACCAGAUUCACCACCACCCUAUUCAGCACCUAUGGGGCCAUGGUAUGCUGCUCCUCCACCUGCGUACACACCACCUCCCACUGGCUACUAUGGUUGGGUACCUCCAACAAAUGUGUUUCCUGAUGCACCACCUGCAAACUCAGUAUUCAUGACAGACAUGCCACCCCCAUAUCCUGGUAUUACUGGUUAUGCUGGGUAUGCUACAGCUCCUCCAUCUGAAGCAACUGGUUUCACUCAGCCGCGUUCUGCUGCUGAUGCCAAAGCAGCAGAAGCAGCUCAGAGUGCCUAUUAUGAUCCAAAUCGACCACAGUGUGCGUACGUGCCACCUCCUGCGUAUUAUGAGCCUCCACCACCAUAUCAUUCAACAACGGGGAAGAAAGACCAGUAGGACUCAGCUUACAGAGAAGGCACAACAUUUUGGGCAUGCAUAGUUGUACCUAUGUAUUACUCAAAGUGCGGAUAAAAACUUGUCUUAAUUAUUAUCUAAGCAAAAGACCAAAACUGGCAGUUGUUCAAGGCAAGAAAUUUUGAUGCACAGUUCAAUAGAAAAUGAAGUAAUAAAUGUUUAAUGUGAUUGUGACAUUUCCUUACAUAAUAGCUUAAUAGGUUGUUGGUUCUUGAUGGUUUUUGUCAGUUGUCCUUGGGAAUCUGUAGAUGUGUGUGUGUGCGCUUGUAAUAUAUGUAUUUGUAAGGUGUAUCAAACACCUACAUGACAGUGUAUUUUAAUUUCCUGCAUCAAUUUUAAUUGUACAACAACACUUUCAAACUGUCAGUUAACACUUGCUAUUUAAAUAAGAUCUGUUUGGGGCACUGUUCCCCACCAAUUGCUAUGUGCCGUUUGUUGUUCCCGUACUGGGUGUGAUCAUUUCCAAUACAAUAAAUAUGGACUAUCUAUGCAUAGGUUACAAAUAAUAAAGAUAUCCCUUGUAUAUAAGGCAUCAUGCAUAAUUCUGAUUGUUGUCUGUUUAUAAGAUAUUAUUACAGAAAAUAUAUGAAUAGCUGGGUCUUUGAAUGUGCACAAGUAUUCAGCUUCAGUUGUAGUAACAAUCUAGCUUUUUAAAUUCAUUCAAUAAACUCAUUUAUUUUCCUGUAUGUAA